GACAAGAAAUCAAUGGCGUCUCAACGAGAAGACAAGAUCAAGGACGAGAAAAUCCCUCCUCUCGAUGAAGACGACAUUGCCCUCCUUAAAACCUAUGGCCAAGGACCAUACUCUGACAGAAUAAAAAUAGUGGAGAAAGAAAUCGAGGAAAUGGUGAAGAAGAUGGAUGAUAUUUGUGGUACCGCGGAAUCUGACACUGGUUUGGCUCCACCAAGUCACUGGAAUCUUCCUUCUGAUAGACUAAUGAUGCAGAAUGAGAAGUCACUUCGGGUUGCAAGGUGCACGAGGAUAAUCAACCCCAAUUCUGAAAACCCCCAGUAUAUGAUAGAUGCCAAGCCAACUGCAACGUAUGUGGUCGAAUUGAGUGCCAAAGUCUCUCAAACGGAUAUAGAUGAAGGCAUGCGUGUUGGGAUUGAUCGAAUUACACGUCAGAUUGAGAUGCCAUUGCCCCCAAAGAUUAAUCCAAGUGUAACAAUGUUGAUAGUAGAAGAGAAGCCUAAUGUAACAUAUGAUGAUGUUGGUGGAUGUAAAGAGCAGAUUGAGAAGCUGCGCGAGGUUGUUGAGCUGCCCAUGCUUCACCCGGAGAAAUUUGAGAAACUUGGAAUCGAACCUCCCAAGGGUGUGCUGUUUUAUGGUCCUCCUGGAACUGGCAAGACUCUCUUAGCUAGAGCUGUGGCCAAUAGAACUGGUGCAUGUUUUAUUCGUGUUAUUGGGAGUGAACUUGUUCGAAGAUAUGUUGGUGAGGGUGCCCGCAUGGUCCGACAGAUUUUUCGGAUGGCACGCUCAAAGAGGGCUUGCAUUGUGUUUUUUGAUGAAGUUGAUGCCAUAGGUGGUGCACGUUUUGAUGAUGGUAAGGGUGGAGACAGAGAAGUUCAACGUACCAUGCUUGAAAUUGUAAAUCAGCUUGAUGGUUUUGAUGCUCGAGGAAACAUCAAAGUUAUGAUGGCAACAAACAGACCUGGUACACUGGACCCAGCUCUAUUACGUCCUGGGAGACUAGAUCGGAAGCUUGAAUUUGGGCUACCCGAUGUGAAGAGCAGGACACAAAUAUUCAAGAUCCACACUCGAACUAUGAACUGUGAAAGAGAUAUUCGUUUUGAGCUUCUUGCACGCAUUUGCCCCAGCUCUACUGGAGCUGACAUAAGGAGUGUCUGCACUGAGGCUGGGAUGUUUGCUAUUAGAGCACGUAGGAAGAUUGUGACAGAGCGAGAUUUCCUUGAUUCAAUAAAAAAGGUCAUCAAGGGCCACCUCAAGUUCAGUGCAACACCGGAGUACAUGAUUUACAGCUGAUUGAUUUUUUCCAUAAUGUCGUUAAUUUGUUGCACAUAAAAAUACUUCACAGCUAGUGGAUUAAAUGACACUGUUUCUCUUUAU